AUGGGAUCAGAUAAAAAGACACCACCUCAGCCAACCGAUAACUUCGUUAAAAAAGUUGAUAAAGACGAGGUGAGAUUGAAAUUAGAAAAAUGGAGAGAAGAAAAGAGAAAUAAGAAAGCUGACAACACUGUUCAACCUAAUAAUGGCAAUACUCGAAAAAGGUUUCGUAUCGGACAAACACCUCCACCAUUGCCUAAAAGUGUUAAGAAAAAAAAUCCAAUCCGGAGUCGUAUAGAUUGUCAUUGGAAGAAAAGAAUAAGUACAGGAUCCACCACUACUUCAAAUAAGAGAGAUCAGAAUCUGGCAACAGGUGCUAUCAAAGAAAAUAAUCCUGUUAAAAAGUCUACAGUUGAAUCAAGAAGAUUAACAACUGUUAUAAAACCUGGUAAUAGAAAUUCAACACAGUCAAAUAGGGCUGUUUUAGCUGUCAAACCAAUUGUUUCAAACAUAACCAACAACAAAAAAACAUCCAGUAAAGAUGGCAGUAGGAGAACUUCAAGCACAUGUAAUAAAAACAGAACAAGUCAAUUAAACAACAAGUCUCUACAUAAACCCAGCAUCAAGACAACUACAAGCAGACGUCAUUCAUUACGUACAACAAAAACACUGAAAAAUAUCCCGUCAACUCCAAUGUCUGUCAGCAAACGUAGAAAGCUGACCAAUGAUAAUUCAGAGGAGAGUGUUUUAGCCUGGAGAAUAGAUGCCACACCACCUAACCAUGUGAGAUUUAAUACUGCUCGACGUUCAACACCACAUUCUAAAACUGUUUUAGCUCAAGCUAGGAAAGGUAAAGAUGCAUCAAUGAGAAAUACCUUAAAGAAUUGGCUAGACUCUAAUGGUAAAACACCAUCCAAGUUUCGCCAUUUAAUGUGUUUUGAUUCUGAAAUGUCUGCUAAGAAAGUGAAUACUGUACCACCAAGUAGAACCUCAAUAACUGUAGCUGAGUUAACACAACAGCAUGAAGCAAUGUUAAAGGAAAAUAAUGUAGAUGAUGUAUUUAUUGAUGAUGAAUCUACAAAUCAACAAGAUGACAAACUAGAUCAACAAGAUGAUAAACUAGAUCAACAAGAUGAUAAACUAGAUCAACAAAUAUUAUCAAUGUUAGAUGAAUGUUUUACUUUAUUUCUUGCAGGUUUUUCUGCUGAUGCUAUAUUACCAUGGUUAGAUAAAAUUGAAAGGUUCUCCCCCCAUGUUAAAGAGUAUACACCAUUCUAUAUUUGUAAAUUAAAUGUUGUUAAAUCUACUGGUAAUAAACAACAGGUUUUAGAUGUUAUACAUGAUUCUAUAUUUUACUCAGCUAAGCCUGCAGAUAAACUAGCCCAAGCAGUCAAAUCAACUUUAGAAGAAUUAUUAUCAGAAAAUGAGUCAUGUCAACCAGUGGAAAGUCCAGAAAAAAUGAAAAAUAAUAAUAUCUUUAAUUCUACUACCAUAAAAUAUAGCUUAAAACAAGUUACUCCAUUUACUAGUGCUAGAAAAAGGAAAAGACAUACAGAGAAUGAGAAGUUUUCACCACGAGCAGUAGUAACACCAGUACGUAGAUCUACUAGACGUAGUUUAUCUGUGUUUAAAUCUGAUAAAGAGAACCAGGUUUACACUUCCAUACAAGAUAUACCAGACAACCAGAGAACUAAAGCUUUAUUUCAUGAAAAUAUGGCACUAGAAGAUGUUUUACAAGUUUAG